CAGCGGUUUUUUUUCCCUUUGCCUUUAGGUUGAUUAUGGAUCGUCAAAUAGAUCUUGUCAUCAAUCUUCCGAACCACAACACCAAGUUCACUCGUGACAACUACCUAAUCCGUCGAACUGCCAUCGAUACUGGCACACCUCUGAUGACCAACUUUGAGGUUGUGAAGUUGUUUGCUGAAGCACUUGGCCACAUCAAGAACCUUGAUGCAACAACUCUGUUCCAUUUUAAGAAGUCCCACUCUGAACAAUUUGAGCAAAAGCUCUAAUUUCCAAGUAUUUAAAUACAGUAGUAAUUUUUUAAUCAUUUAAAGAUGGUAAAAAAAAAAAAUUGCAAAUUUUAUAGCAUAUUAAAAAUGUUGAUCAUGAUUUGAUUACUAUUCUGUCUUUUAAUGAGUUGAACUGGACCAUUAAAUUACCGUAGUUUCUCGGGUAUAAGCCCAUCCCUACAGUACAUCCGUUUUUAGAUACCAAGGUCAUGGUGUGACUUGAAUGAGUAGCUGUAGACUUCUACGUACAUUUUAUUUUAGAAAUCAACUUAGAAAUCAACACAAAAAAAAAAUCAAUGAUUAGCUUUGAAUUUAGGAUGAAAAUGUUGGAAAAUGUUUCAGUACUCCUGAAAUUGGCCCAAUUUUAAUGUUCAGUGGGGUUGGUCUUAUACUAGAACAACUGCGGUGAAUAUUUGAUAUUUUGUAUAUGUACAGGCAGGUUACAGGAUAUAUUUUUUUCAACAGGUGUGUAAACAACACCAUAUCUAUAUUCUUUAAAUUUUAUCUUACCUUUUCAUACACCAAUCAAAACACUGGUAAUUCAUGUUGACGAAUCUUUAUAAGUAAAAACAUGGAAAAGCUGAGAAGUCUGUAUUGUAUUAAUUCAUUUCACAAUACUAGUUGACAAAUUACUCAAAUCAUAAAUCUGUUUAAACAAAAUUGUUAUUACAUUUUUAAGUGUUUCCAGAUUUAUCCACAUGCAGUAGUACUGUAUAUACAGGUCACCCUCCUUUUCGAGACCCUUGGAGUGAUUUUGGGGUUGGUUCUAUCUUCAACUAGAGGAUUAGAUUUGUGUUUGGGGUUGGUUCGAUCUUCAACUAGAGGAUUAGAUUUGUGUUAAAAGAUUGAGGAUUGUUAUUGGUAAUUUGAAGAUGUGUUCUGGAAUUACAGGGGGGGUCUCGAGUUGGAUUGCACUGUUUUUGUUAUUUUUUGUUUCGAUUUGAAAAAUAAAUCUUUGUGGUACUUAUUUUUGUGCUUGUUGUAUAACCAUCUUAUCUUCUGUUUUCAACAUGUUUAUGUUUUUGAGAGAUACACUGUACUCGAGUAGUACACUUAAUUUCAUUAAGGGAUUAUGGUUGAGCAAGCAGGCUUAUUUAUUAAACUACAUGCAGUACUUUGAUAUUGUUAAUUUUCUUUGACCUCCUGUUAGAAAACAAGAUUGUAUGUCUUUGCAUCACAUUUGUCAUCUAAAUUUGUUGUCUUUUUUUUAUAUAUUCAAUGUGUGUGUCUUGGAUCAAAUAAUUAAUCUUCACUCAAACCAUGGAGAAAAUAUAAAACUAAGCUAAUUCUUGAAGGUCAUUUUUGAGAAGUUGUCAUAACAUCUUUUUUUUUACUUUUCUUUUAAAUAAGAUUAAGUGUACGUAUGCAGUAUAUUUGGAUUUGGGAGAGAAAAAAUUAAUAUUUUUGCAUGAAAAGCUACAUUGAUGUUGUUCAUGUAUAUUUUUUAUUUACAUUGUCAAAAUUAAAUUAUUAAUUUCAAUUGGUAGGCACCUAAUUAUAUGUCAAUUUAUGAUUGUGUACGUGCUGAGAAGUUAGUUUAUGUUUUAACUAAUUAAAUGAUGAAAGGUAAUGAUUUUUUUUUGUGUUUAUUACUGUUUUUCAUAAUUGAAAUGGUCAUGAUUUAUGGCUGUCUUAAGAUCGUAGUAUUAUUUAUGUUGAGGGGCUUAUUUAUUCCAAAUUAAGAUGUGCUGUAAGAAGUGUGAUGAUAAUGAUUUAAAUAUGUACUUUAUGAUUAUAUACAUUUCCAUGGGUAAGAUUACUUUCUGAAUUAAUAUGAGGUAUGGAAUAAAUUAGUUGUGCCUUUUGAUUGUUAGCACUUUAAAUGAAUAUCUCCAAUGUCACUUUCAAACUUAUUAGAUUAUGUAAGGUAAUGAAUAAUUAAUGUAAUUAAUGUCUGCAUUAUUAUUGUAAGCAUGUUGAAGGGCUAAUAUUAUUCUUGACUUAAAAUGAUGUAAGGUGACGACUCAGGUCAUUAUUUAAUUGCCAUAUAAUUUAAAUAGCAUGUUGAAAUGAAGACUGAUUUAUCAGAGUA